AUGAGUUCAGAAGCUAAGAUUGUUCCAUUGUGGCUGGAUGGCCAGGAGGUCACCACAAAGCACACAUUAGCAGUAUUCUCACCCAUCACCACACAGAUAUGUCAUGAAGCUGCAGCAGCUUCCAUCGAAGAUGUAGAGGCAGCAAUUCAAUCCUGCCAGAAAGCAUUCCCUACCUGGUCACGCACUAAACCUUCCAUCAGGCGAGACAUCAUCCUUCAAGCAGCUAUCCUCUUCGACGGUAGGAAAGAGGAGUUAUGGAGCAUUCUGCGAGAAGAGACUGGCGUUGAUCGCCGAUUUUUUGAAGUUACAUUCGCUGGUGCUAUAGAUAUGUGUAAGGAUGUUGCUGGUCGCAUCUCGUCUUUGCAGGGCAGAGCUCCCGCCGUUGAAGCGGAGGGAUCAAGCGCUAUUGUUCUUCGAGAACCUUACGGUGUGGUGGUUGGAAUUGCUCCUUGGAACGCGCCAUUGGUGCUGGGCCUGAGAGCUUGUCUUCAGCCUUUGGCCUGUGGAAACACAGUCGUGCUGAAGGGUUCAGAGCUUUCGCCAAAAACAUUCUGGGCGAUUGCCUCCAUCCUGCACGAUGCAGGCCUACCUCCGGGUUGCUUGAACACUAUCUACCACAAGCCAGGGCCUGACGCUAUCCUGGUCACGAACUACCUCAUCUCAUCACCUUGCGUGAGGAAGUUGAGCUUUACCGGAAGUACAGCUGUAGGAUCAGCUAUUGCAUCACUAGCCGGGAAAUGCCUCAAACCGAUUGUUCUCGAAUUGGGAGGCAAGGCACGAGCAAUCAUCUGUGAAGACGCAGACAUCGAGAAAGCGGCGCAAGACUGUGCUCUGGGCGCCUUUCUCAACAGCGGCCAGAUAUGCAUGAGCACAGAGCUGGUUCUGGUCCACAAAUCUAUUUCAUCCAAAUUCUCAUCCGCGUUCCGUGAGGCUACGGAUAGACUAUUCGCUCAGAAUGAUGAGACCACAUAUCUUGCCACAGAGUUAGCGGUGGAAAGGAACAAGAAUCUGGUCAAGGAUGCUGUUGCAAAAGGUGCACAGAUUUUGCAUGGUUCAUCGGACGCUUCAGCAGCCACAAAGACUUCCAUGAGACCGGUCACGCUUGGGGCAGUGUCGAAGGAUAUGCAGAUAUAUGCGACGGAGUCCUUUGGCCCGUUAGUGUCGUUCGUCGAGUUCGAAACGGAGCAGGAAGCGAUAGAUUAUGCCAACGACACUGAGUACGGUUUGACGGCAGCGGUCUUCACAUCAGACCUUCAGCGCGGGAUGCGCUUGGCCAAGACAAUACAAAGUGGUGCGGUUCACAUCAAUGGGAUGACUCCACAUGACGAGAGUGCUCUGCCUCACGGUGGUGUCAAACAUAGUGGAUGGGGUAGAUUCAACGCUGAAGAGGGUCUGAGUGAAUGGGUACAGUCGAAAACAAUCACUUGGAAGGAUUAA